AUUUAACCCUUUGAAUCAAGCUCUUUGGAUAUUAUUAUUUAUUAUUUAAAUAUUAUUAUAUAAAUAUAUUUUGGGUAUUAUUUAAAGCCGCCCAUUCUCCUUAAAAUUCCCUUUCCCCCUCCGAAACCCUAGUCUUUGUCUUUAGGGACAGGGCACUCCAUGCGAGGGAGAAGGUUGGAGAGGUCUGGGAACUACGCAUGCCACUUAGGCGGAUUGUGCAUCGCCAUUUGCCUGAGAAAAGAAGUGAAAAAGAAAGUGUUAGCUCAAGUUUUAUGUUCUAAAGCAUUUCAGAAGCUGAUUCCCUUCAGUGAGUGCAUAUUUACUAAGAAGGAAGAAAAGAAGAAAUAGUUGACGAUGGUAGUUGUGUUGAAACUAUCUGGGUUCCCAUUUGAUGCCACUUCGAGAGACCUGAGGAAUCUUUUCAGAGGUCUUAGGAUCAGAGAAGAUGACCUUCACGUAGGCCGCGAUAAAGGUAUCCCAGUAGGCUUUGCUGUCUUCAGUGACGAUGAUGAGGCAAGAAGAGCAACGACACGCAGUGGUCAAAUGAUUGGUCCACGAAGGGUCACUAUUUCCCUCAGCAGCUCUGCAGAAAUGGACGCAGUCCUUAGCAGGAGAUCUCAGGGAUCUGGGGUAAGGGGAAGUCCCCCAAGUCGCGGAAGAGGAGGAUUUGUGCGCCCUGCACCAUCUUUUAGAGGAAGAGGGAGGGGCCGGGGACGUGGAGCUCCUCCUGGUCGCUUUGAGGUUGAUCGUAGUAGCAGAGAUUUCGACAGCCGUACCCCUAGAAGCAUUGGUAGGGAAGAAAGAGGUGGCUUUGUUUCUGACUUCCGAACACCACGUGGUGGGAAAGGACGAGGCAGUGGUCUUGAUGAACUUGGUAAACAUCCCUUUUCAAGCAGGGGAGAAACAGACGACUUCAGUGAGAGGAAGUUUAUUAAAGCUGGUGCUUUGCCAUACACAGUGACAGACCUUGAUAUUCAGAACUUUUUUAGGGGUAUUUUAACAAGAGAGGUGUAUGUUUGUCGUCAUGAAAGUGGAAGGUUUGUUGGGAGGCCAAAUGGAGACGCUAUAGUCGAGUUCUUCUCUGAACAAGAUGCUAGAGAAGCCUUAGAACGUGAUGGAAGAAGAAUCGGCCCACGGAUAAUCUCUGUUACACGUGCAAGAAGAGAUGAAAUCAAGGAAGGCAUAAGACUGGCUAGGCAGGGAGACAGAGGUGAAGAACGAGAGCGUGCAGCCGUCGCUUCAUCAGGACACGCAUUAUCAAUACCAAAGAACAAAGAACAGCUUCAUAAUUUGCUCGAGCUUUUGAAAACCGCUAUUUCUCAAGUAGACGAGCCAUCAUCAGAACCUCCACCAAAAGCUUCAGGGAGAAGAGAUUCAACGGAAGACCCAGUAAUAAGGCGUGUAGCUCGCAAUGCAAACAUCAACAUGCGUGACAUCAACGAGGGAAAGGUGGUUGGAAUACGUAACCUUCCCUUUUCAAUUACGCCAGAAGAAAUCAUUGGCUUUUUCAGGGGCUAUGGCGCCAUUCCUGACUCUGUUCGUAUACACUAUUCAGAAGAUGGAAGAUCAUCUGGUGAUGCCAUAAUUACUUUCCGCUCUGGAAGGGACGCCAGUAGAGCCAUCACAAAUCUAAACAAAAGGCCUAUUGGAAAGAGAAAGGUUGAACUCUUUGUUAUGUAAACAUGACGUUUGAAGAAGAAGGGAACUCGACAUCUCUUUUAAGGUGUUUUCAUUGACAUAGCUUCUUAGGUUUAAACGAGUUGCAAGCUGACUGCGUUUCUUUUAUAUAUCUACUUGUUAAGGCAGCUUGUAAUCUUAAAUUUGCCAAAAAACAAAGUUGCUGUUAAUUGAAAUUCAGAGCAUUUGGAUAACUAUAAAAGAAAUAUGUCCUUGAGACGUAUGACAGAUAUGAUCAGUGAUAUAUGAGAAUGGCAAUCCCACAAGCCCGACCAACAAACAUCAUUAACCUUUGUACGUUCUAAUAUAAAAGGAUUUAGACCAUUUUAUGAAUAGGUAUAUAAUCUUGCUAUAUUGCUCUGAAAGGUACCAAGAAAAAAGAGCGCUUUGAAUUAAUAUAAGCAUGAAUUUUAAAGAUUGACAUUUACUUCAUUUACCAAAUUUUAUAUUUGUACUUUAUGAUUUGCUGUCUAAGA